CGUGGGUUUGUGCUUGGUACUGUAUUGGUUUAUUUGGUUUAUCUUUUUUUUUGCUUUUUUUCAGUUAUAGACUAAACUAAACUGAACCAACAACAACAAAUUACAAAUUCUGUUUAGUUUGUUUAGUUAAAUCCUAGGUUAAGUUUUUGAUUAUUGUAUGUGUAGUAUUUCUUUUACUCUCUUUUAACUUGUGAUAGUGACUGUUAAAUUAUUUAGACAUUACUGUACUACUUUUGAGCUAGGCCUACCUAAAGUUUGGAUAGACUUGCUUCAAUAUGGCUAGUCUACUUUUGAAAGUUAAAACUAAACAAGGCCAAGAAGUUUUAAAAAGUAUUAGCUCUUCAUCGAGCAUAACAUUUUUGAAAGAAGAACUUUCAAGAGUUGCAAACAUCCCCACCAAAAGCCUUCAUGUGCUUUCUGGCUUUCCACCCAAACAAGUGGAUUUGAGUGAUGAAGCAAAAACUGUUGAAAGUAUCGGCAUAAACUCUGGUGAUAUUCUUAUUGUAGAAGAAAAACCGACUUCACGUCCAAUGGAGAAAGAAGAGAAAAAAACUUGGGAUGACAGUGAAGCUAGGCGUCAUAUUUCUGAAAGCCAGAUGAAUAGUCCCGGAAUUCUGCUCAAGAAAGUUGUGCCUGCGGACAACUCUUGCCUUUUCACUAGUAUAGGAUUUGUGCUAUCAGGGAAAAUUGACACUAACUGCGGUAGUCACAUGCGAGAGAUCAUUGCUGAGGCUGUAUCUACUGACACAGAUACAUACAACGAAGCUAUAUUAGGGCGUCCGAGCAAUGACUACUGCUCGUGGAUCAAGCGUUCAGAGUCAUGGGGAGGUGCAAUAGAAUUGGCAAUCCUGUCCAAGUUCUACGGUAUCGAGAUCGCUGUUGUUGACACAGUCAACGCAAUAAUCAACCGAUUUGGGGAAGACCAACUGUACGACCACCGAGUGUUUCUAAUAUUUGACGGCAUCCAUUACGACCCUCUCUAUCUUGAACCGUUUGAGGGUGACAACAAAAUACAGACCAUGUUCCCGACAGCGGAUGACAAAGUUCUGCGGGAAGCUGAGGUCUUGGCGAUGGAGGCAAAGAAAAGUCAUCAGUUUACAGAUGUGAACCGAUUCACUCUGCAAUGCCUGGAUUGUAAAGUAUUCCUGAUUGGCCAGAAGGAAGCUCUUGGUCACGCCAAAGAAACUGGACACAGCAACUUCGGAGAAGUCCAUUCAAGUUGAUUCCAGUGUUGUGAAAGUUGUGAUUGUUUGUGGGAACUGAUAAUCUGACAAGGUCGAGUGGUAUCUAGUCGUUCCUACCUAGUGAAUUGUUAGAGAUGAACUUUGUAUGUUAUUUUUUCACUUUUAAUUAAUUUGUUGGUUAAUUUUAACUCAACUAAUUGUUAGUUGAUUUUAUAACUGAUAUUUGAUAGUUUCAAAGUUUUGAGCUGGUUCUUGUUAUUGCAUCUGGUCUUAACCUGUCCUUGACAUUUGUAGUUUCAAGGGUAUUUAUUUGGAUGGAGUAGAAUUUAAGAGUUUGCAAAGCUGUUGGGAACAAAAAAGUGCAUGCCUUUUAAAUCUAUUUUGUACUUUCCAAGACUUUUCUCGCAGCUAAUUGUUAAUUAACUUUAUUUCUCAUAUUUGUUUGGACCUGGUUCUUGUUAUUGAGUUUAGAGUUGGUUCUUUCAACCCAUACUUGCCAUUUCUAGUUUUAAGGACAGCUGUUUGUAUGGAAUAGAAUUUAAGAGUCUGCAAAGCUGUUAAGAACAAAAAUAAUGCAAUUAUUCUAAAGUAAUUUUGUAUUUUACAAGAGAAGAUAACUUGUAUUUGCAAAUUAAAGUUCAAUUUGUUAUGAA